AUGGCAUUUCUAACACUUAUCAUCGUGGCAUCUGCUGUCAUCUGCUUAGUGACAACUUAUUUUACCUCAAAAAAGGCACCAACAGGCCUUCGUAAUGUUCCUGAGGCCGGAAGGCUGAAGGAUUUGAGUAAAUACCCCCAGCGAGAGUGGCGCAAAUGGGCUCAACAAUACGGAGAGCUCUUCCAGAUUCGACUCGGCUGGGAAAACUGGGUCUUCGUGAACAGCCCAGAAGCUGUAAAAGUAAUCUUCAACAAACAAUCCCAACACACCUCUUCUCGUGCUCCAAGUCCAGUUCUCUCGGACCUCAUUUCAGGGGACAUGCGAAUGUUGUUAAUGCCGUAUACACCGAAAUGGCGGAAACUGCGCGCAAUCGUCCACCAACUUUUGACACCCAAGUCAUCAGAUAAUUUCAAGCCAUCGCAGGAGUUUGAAGCGAAACAACUCCUUUGGGAUAUUUGUACCGAUAAUUCCGACCAAGAAAAUUUCUAUAUGCAUAUUCGUCGAUACACAACAUCUGUGGUGAUGACAUCAACAUAUGGACGACGAAUACCUCAGUGGGACUGCGAAGAUAUCCGUGAAAUCUACGGACUAAUGCAGGACUUCAGCGAAGCCGCAGAACCGGGAAAAUACCUUGCGGAAUUGUUCCCACCUCUAUCCAAGCUUCCUGUCUGGAUGCAGUGGUGGCGGGAAUCAGCUGAACGAUCCUUCCAGCGACAGGCUUCGAUAUGGAUGAAAUACUUCUCUGAUCUCCAGAGAAGUAUCAAGAAGAAUGAGGCCCCGGAAUGCUUUGUCAAGAGCUUUAUUGAAUCGGAUUAUGAGAAGAAUGACAUCAGUGACUUGCAAGCCAGUUUCGUGGCUGGAACAAUGAUUGAAGCGGGCUCAGAGACGACCUCUUCAGCUUUGAAUUCCUGCGUGAAGUAUUUCGCAGCAUACCCAAAAGCUCAAGCAAAAGCCUAUGCCGAAAUCAAGAAGGUCGUAGGUGAAAGCCGAUUCCCGUCGUUUGACGAUGAAGAGAAACUGCCCUAUAUCCGGGCUUGUGUGAAAGAGAUUUUGCGGAUUCGGCCUAUAACCAAUAUCGGAACCCCCCAUUAUACCACCGCCAACGUUGUUUACAAAGACUACUUUAUACCCGCUGGAACAGUUGUUACAAUCAACCAUUACGCUCUUCAUUUCGAUCCUAAACGCUGGGAAAAUCCCGACGACUUCAUCCCAGAUCGAUACCUGGAUUAUCCAUUCAAAGCAGGCGUCUACGUCGCCAGUCCUUAUCCAGAACAGCAAAUCCACUUUGAUUUCGGUGCAGGCCGUCGCAUCUGUCCUGGGAUGCACUUGGCAGAGAAUAGUCUGUUUAUUACGAUCGCGAGUAUCAUAUGGGCAUUUGAGAUCCUUCCGCCCAUCGAGGAUGGUAAGGUUGGCCAUGUAGAUGUGUCUGAUGCCGCUUAUGCUGGGGGUGUAAACACUUUGCCGAAGCAGAGUAAGCUUCGAUUUGUUCCGAGGAGUGAAGAGGUGAAGCGGACUAUCUUGACUGGGUGGCCCCUUGUUAAGGCGGAGGGUUAUAUGCUGGGAGAUAUUAAGGUGGACGCCGAGGGGAUGGUUUUUUCUUUGAAGUAG